AGACCAGAAUCUGUAGAAGCUAGCCCUGUGGUAGUUGAAAAAUCGAACAGUUAUCCGCACCAGUUGUAUACCAGCAGCUCGCAUUCACACAGCUACAUUGGUUUGCCCUAUGCAGACCAUAACUAUGGUGCUCGGCCUCCUCCAACGCCUCCAGCUUCUCCUCCUCCAUCAGUGCUUAUAAGCAAGAAUGAAGUAGGCAUAUUUACCACUCCCAACUUUGAUGAAACCUCCAGUGCUACUACCAUCAGUACGUCAGAGGAUGGAAGCUAUGGAACUGAUAUUACCAGAUGCAUUUGUGGCUUUACACAUGAUGAUGGAUAUAUGAUCUGUUGUGACAAAUGCAGUGUCUGGCAGCACAUUGACUGCAUGGGGAUUGACAGACAGCAUAUUCCUGAUAUAUAUCUGUGUGAACGUUGUCAACCAAGGAGUUUAGAUAAAGAAAGGGCAGUCCUGUUGCAACGAAGGAAGAGGGAAAAUAUGUCAGAUGGGGAUACCAGUGCAACAGAGAGUGGUGAUGAGGUUCCUGUGGAACUGUAUACUGCUUUCCAACAUACACCAACUACAAUUACUAUAAGUGCUACAAGAGUUACAAAAGUCAAUGAUAAGAAAAGGAAAAAAAGUGGAGAGAAAGAACAGAACAUAGCAAAAUGUAAAAAAGCAUUUCGAGAAGGAUCCAGGAAAUCUUCACGAGUGAAGGGCUCAGCGCCAGAGAUUGAUCCUACUGACAGUUCGAACUUUGGAUGGGAAACUAAAAUCAAGGCAUGGAUGGAUCGUUAUGAAGAAGCAAAUAAUAACCAGUACAGUGAGGGCGUCCAGAGGGAGGCACAAAAAAUAGCUCUGAGAUUAGGCAAUGGAAAUGACAAAAAAGAAGUCAGCACCAGCAAUCUGAUUUUCAAACCUCCAGUAGAGAGUUACGUGCAAAAAAACAAGAAAAUUUUAAAAGCUGCCAAAGACUUGCCUCCUGAUGCACUUAUUAUCGAAUACAGAGGAAAGUUCAUGCUGAGAGAGCAAUUUGAAGCUAAUGGAUAUUUCUUUAAAAGGCCGUACCCAUUUGUUUUGUUUUAUUCCAAAUUCCAUGGGCUAGAAAUGUGUGUUGACGCAAGGACUUUCGGAAACGAAGCUCGAUUCAUCAGGCGUUCGUGUACACCAAAUGCAGAGGUGAGGCAUGUAAUUGAAGAUGGAACAAUUCAUCUUUAUAUUUACUCCAUCCAUAACAUUCCAAAGGGAGCAGAGAUUACUAUAGCAUUUGACUUUGAUUAUGGAAACUGUAAAUACAAAGUGGAUUGUGCUUGCCUCAAAGAAAAUCCUGAAUGUCCAGUUCUCAGACGUUCUGAGCCUACAGAAAACAUCAAUACUGGAUAUGAAACCAGAAGGAAAAAGGGAAAGAAAGAGAAAGAUGUUUCAAGAGAAAAGGAGACUCAAAAUCAGAACAUCACAUUGGACUGUGAAGGAGCAGCCACCAAAAUGAAAAUCGCAGAUAAUAAACAGAGGAAGCUGUCUCCCCUCAGGCUGUCCAUUUCUAAUAAUCAGGAGCCAGAUUUUAUUGAUGAUAUAGAAGAAAAAACUCCCAUUAGCAAUGAAGUAGAAAUGGAAUCAGAGGAGCAGAUUGCAGAAAGGAAAAGGAAGAUGACAAGAGAAGAACGGAAAAUGGAAGCUAUCUUGCAAGCUUUUGCCAGGCUAGAAAAAAGAGAAAAAAGAAGAGAACAGGCUCUGGAAAGAAUCAGCACAGCAAAAACUGAGGUUAAAUCAGAAUGCAAGGAAGCACAGAUUCUCAAUGAUGCUGAAUUUAUUCAGGAACCAGCAAAAGAAGAAACUGCCACCAAGCCUACCCCAGCCAAAGUUAAUAGAGCUAAACAGAGGAAAAGCUUCUCACGGAGUAGAACUCACAUUGGACAGCAACGUAGACGACACAGAACUGUCAGCAUGUGUUCGGAUAUCCAGCCAUCUUCUCCUGAUGUGGAAGUAACUUCACAACAUAAUGAGUCUGAGAAUGCUGCACUGGUAGCUGAGCCUGAAACAGAAACUGUUGUUACAGAAAUGGUUACUGAAACGGAAGCUCCAGCACUUAAUAAAUGCCCUACUAAGUACCCUAAAACAAAGAAGCACUUGGUCAGUGAAUGGUUAAGUGAAAAGAGUGAUAAAACAGGGAAGCCUACAGACAGUCUAUCAGAAAGGCCUCUACGCAUAACUACCGACCCUGAAGUUCUGGCUACUCAGCUGAAUUCUUUGCCAGGUCUCACUUACAGUCCACAUGUAUAUUCAACUCCAAAGCACUAUAUUCGUUUUACUUCACCAUUCCUUUCAGAAAAGAGGAGGAAAAAAGAACCUGUGGAAAACAUUACUGGCUCUUGUAAGAAGCGUUGGCUGAAGCAGGCUUUGGAAGAAGAAAAUUCAACAAUGAUUGAGAGAUUUAAUUCACCAUCGCAAGAGAGAUGUAGAAGUCCAGCCAUCAAUGGUGAAAAUAAAAGUCCUUUAUUACUGAAUGACAGCUGUUCCUUAACAGAUCUAACCACACCACUCAAAAAACGAAGACUGUAUCAGCUGUUGGAGUCUGCAUUCUCAGAAACCUCCACACCUACUCCUUCUCCGUAUGCCACACCAACUCAUGCCGACAUCACUGCCUCCGAGCCAUCGUUGUUUGCUACUCCUCCUAGGGUAAAAACAGAAGAUGAAGCUUGUAGAAAUGGUUACAAACCCAUCUAUUCACCUGUUACUCCUGUAACUCCAUGUAUACAUGGAAAUACCAUGCACUUUGAGAAUAUUUCCUCACCUGACAGUUCUCCAGAAAUAAAAAGGCGAGCUUACAGUCAAGAGGGAUAUGACAGAGCAUCGAUUCUAGCACUGAAUUCUUUCAGAAAUUCCAACCUGACAGAAAUGGGCCUGCAAGAAAUAAAGACUAUUGGAUAUUCCAGUCCAAGGAAUAGGACUGAUGUCACACGGCAGUGCACUGGAGAAAUGGAAUCUGUGUCAGACCUCCAGCUGGGACUCGAAGUAAUUGAGCAAAGUGCACUGCAUAAAAACCUGGAAGCCCCCACACAUGAUAGGACUGAUUCAAACAGCCAAUUAGAAACUGCUCAUUGUGGACGGGGCACAAUUUAUUCUUCCUGGGUAAAAAGUCCCGACAGGACAGGUGUAAAUUUCUCAAUGAAUUCUAAUUUGAGGGACUUGACCCCUUCACAUCAGCUGGAGGUAGGAGGUGGAUUCAGAAUAAGCGAGUCAAAGUGCCUGAUUCAAGACGAUGCUAGAGGCAUGUUCAUGGAAGCAUCUGUUUUUUGUACUUCAGAAGAUGGAAUUGCAUCUGGGUUUGGAAGGACUGUCAAUAACGACAACUUGAUGGAUGGAAAUUGCACACCCCAGAAUCCUCCACAAAAGAAAAAGGUGUCCUUAUUAGAAUACCGUAAGAGACAACGAGAAGCUAGAAAAAGUGGCUCAAAGACAGAAAACUUCCCCCUGGUUACUACUGUAUCUCCUCAUGCUGCUGGUGGAGGAAAUACAAGUAGUAACAAUGGUGCUAAUGAUGGGUAUAACAACAGUGGUGAAAAUGGGGAGCAAACUGAUAGUGCUGCAAGCCUACCUGUACCACUGCCAACUACUGUGUAUAAUGCAGCUCCAGAAGAUGUUGGCAACAAUUGUGCAAUUAAGGAAUCUUCUUCCAGCGAGAAGAAUGAACCAGAAGUUCAGUGGACUGCAUCAACCUCUGUGGAACAAGUGAGAGAACGGAGUUAUCAGAGAGCUUUACUUCUCAGUGAUCAUAGGAAAGACAAGGACAGUGAACCUGAUCCUGAAAAUCCAGAGCCUACUUCUGAAUGUCCGUCCCCAGAUACUUCACAAAAGACUUGCAAGAGCCCGUCAAAAGCAAGCAAGCCCUCUUCACCGAGUCCUGUAGUUUCAGUGCAGCCACUUGGGAAGGCACCCACAAAACCAGAUUCGCACUGGGAAACUGCAGCUAACGUGCCUGAGGCCGAAUGUGCGAAUCAUCCAAAGUCCGAGCUGCAACAGAAACAGCUGACAAACAACGUCCAAGCACUUUCAAAAAAUCAUCCAUCUCAGUCACACCUGCGCAGCUCUGCCGAGCAACUGUCACAUCCACAGAAGUUGCCUCCCGCGCCUCCGAAGCUGCACUGCCCCCCCUCGCCUCACGUCGAAAACCCUCCCAAGCCCUCGACCCCCCACGCGCCUGUGCAGCAUGGUUAUCUCUCACCAAAGCCUCACUCACAGCCGUUGGGAUCUCCGUACAGACCUCAUCAUCCACAGUCACCUCAAGUUGGAACGCCCCAGAGGGAAACGCACCGAAACUUCUAUCCAGCAGCACCAACCCUUCAGCCUGGUAAUCAGCAGCAGGCCAGCGGACCCCUCUUUACUCAGACAACUUCAGGACAAUCUUCAGCUUCUUACAGCCAGUUCAGCCAACAGAAUUUGAACAGCAGUGCACCACCUCCCCCGCCCCCCCCUCCCCCUUCUUCUACUUACUAUCAAAACCAGCAGCCCUCUGGAAACUUUCAGAGCUACACUCAGCUGAAGGGCAGCAUGCCUCAACAGACUGUGUUUUCAUCUGGACCAAAUCAAGCACUUCCUGGCACUGCGGGUCAGCCAGCGGUGCCGGGACACCAUGUAACUGCAGGGCAUUUCUUGCCCUCUCAGAACCCCACUAUUCAUCACCAGGCAUCAGCGUCCGCUGCUCCACCUCCUCCUCCGCCACCACCUGCUCCAGGACCUCACCUUGUACAGCAGCAAAGUACUCAUCAGCAGCACCCUGUAGCACACGUUGUCGGUCCGGUUCAUGCCGUGGCGGUAGCUCCUGGAUCGCACAUUCAUUCUCAAGCUGCUGGUCACCAUUUGCCACCGCCGCCUCCGCCACCAGGUCCUCUCCCCCACCACCAACCUCCCCAUCCUCCAACUGGACACCAAGGUUUGCAAGCACAACACCAGCAUGUUGUAAACUCUGCACCUCCGCCCCCUCCGCCCCCACCCUCCAGUGUUAUAGGCUCGGGGCAUCACCCAGCAUCAGCACAAGGGUUACACCACCCAUCCCAUCAAGGACCCCCCCAUUUUCCUUCCAAUGCUCACACGAGCGUGUCCUCCUACUCCUCACAAGCCCCACAUCACACAACGUUAGGACCUGGACCUCAACAUCAGCCUGCUGGAACAGGACCGCAUUGCCCGCUCCCUGGUCAGGGUCCUCACAUCCAACCUCAAGGACCAAACAGUAUUGCAACACCUACUGCGUCGGGGUUCUGCCCUCACCCUGGCUCCGUCACCCUUCCCCACGGAGUGCAGGGGCCGCAGCAGGCGUCGCCGGUGCCAGGACAGAUCCCCAUCCACAGAGCACAGGUGCCGCCCACUUUUCAGAACAAUUACCAUGGUUCGGGGUGGCAUUAAAACGGAUCCCCUUAAUCCCAAGCAUUUUUAAAAUGUUGUGUAAUAUAAACUCUGUAUAUUUCAUACGUACCUGUUGGAGGUACUUUUUAAAGCUUGUACAUGAUACUUUGUAUAAAAGCAGACACCAGUGCUCUUUCAUUGUAUUCUUUCCAUUUUUUGCUUUUUAAAAUUCCUGAAAACGUGCUGUUAAGCCAGUAUUAGGUAUUUCUUUUUAUUUUGUAAGUGAACAUUCCAGCUGUUUUUUCUGGCAGUAGGUUUGAUGCUGCAUAAUCUUUAAAAUUUUAUUGUUGCAGUUAAAUUCAUUUAGUGAAUGUUUUCUGUAUUACUUUUAUACAUAUGUAAUUGAAUAAGUACACAGGCUCAGUGAUGGCACUAACAAUUUUCUUUCCUUCCAUUUUCUUCUGUCAACAGUUCUUUGUGUGCAUAGAGAUAGAAGACAAUGCAAUACAAAUUUUUAUAGUUUUGGUGUGGACAUGGCUUUUUGUUUCAUCAGUUAUUUGCAGAAAAUGUAAUUUAAUGUAUAGACUGUUUCUAAUGUCUCGGACAAGUGCUGUAAAUACUGUAUUUCUUUUGCUUGUAAAAUUGCUUAAAGCUGCUUUCAUUUGAUAUAGUAUUGUAUAUAAUAAGUCUCUUUUGCAAAAAAAAAAAAGUGUGAUCUUUGUGAAAGUAGUACAGUAUAUGAUCUUUAUUUUAAUUUUUUUUUUUAAAUACUGUCACAUUGCAGCACUGGUUGGGCAUUUUAAUUCAUGUUAAUAAAUCACAAUUAUGUCAG